GCGCCGCUGCGGUUAGUGGCUUCGAGGACAUGAAGGAACCAGACAAUCAGGAUACAGAUGAGGAAAAAUCAGAUAAAUCAAAGAGUGAAAGAAAAACAUCUCAGAGGUCUUCUAGGUCCGAAUCAAGAUCUGCAACAAGAGACGAUUUCAAAUUUUCACAAGAUAUCACAGAUGAUAUGUUAACUGAAGGGGAAGACUCAUAUUCAGACGAUGAAGACUUAUAUGUAGAGCAUUUGGAAGGAAGUUCAAGUUCAUUUCAGGAUGAUAAUUUGGAAAGCACUGGAGAAUCUCUGUACGUGGAAACCCCUGCCCCACCUGCGGAAGAGGCAGAGGAGAAAGUUAAGAAGAAAAUAUCAGUUAGUUUCUUCUACAAUUAUGAUGAACUUGCUUCGAGGCCUUUUGUGACUCCAGAUUCGAGCAUACCACUUCAUCUUCUCACGCUUGUACAUUCCUUCGGUUAUGACUGCAGAAAGAGGGCCAACCUACAGCUUCUGGACAGCAGUACCCUGAUGUACAUAGCUGGGAACCAACUGAUUCUUCUGGAUUUGAAAACCAAGAAACAGACCUACCUGCGAAGUAGCAGUGGUGGAGGAAUUGGUGUUGUUGGGGUUCACCCCAAUAAAACUCACUUCGCAGUAGCUGAAAAAGGAUCUUCUCCAAAUAUUAUCAUCUAUGAGUAUCCUUCUCUGAGGCCAUACAGAAUCCUUCGAGAUGGUACUGACUUGGGAUAUGCCUAUGUAGACUUUAACUAUAAUGGCACCUUGCUGGCGUCUGUUGGCUGCAGCCCUGAUUAUACAUUCACCAUCUGGUAUUGGGAAGAAGAGCAGCCCAUACUGAGGACAAAAGCUUUUUCCCAGGAAGUUUUUAAGGUUACUUUCAACCCUGAAGAUGAUGAGCAGCUUACUACUUCAGGAACAGGCCACAUCAAGUUCUGGGAAAUGGCUCUAACAUUUACUGGUCUUAAGCUGCAGGGGUAUCUGGGUCGAUUUGGCAAAACAGCUACUACUGAUAUAGAAGGCUACAUGGAGCUCCCUGAUGGGAAGGUGCUCUCAGGGUCAGAGUGGGGUAAUAUGUUGCUCUGGGAAGCAGGCCUCAUCAAAGUGGAGCUCUGUCGUGCUGCAAGGAAGUCUUGCCAUCAUGGUCCCAUUAACCAGAUAAUGCUGGAUGAGGGUGAAGUUAUCACUGUUGGGUCAGAUGGAUGUAUUCGGAUCUGGGAUUUUGAGACAAUAGACACUGCUGAUGCUGUUGAUGACUCUGGAUUGGUGGAGAUCGAGCCUAUGAAUGAGCUUCAAGUAGGCAAAAAUGUCAGACUCUUCUCUAUGAUCAAAAUGGAGGAACCUGGAAAUAACUUUUGGUUGGCUCAGGAUGCCAGUGGUGCCAUAUGGAAGCUUGACCUUAGUUUUUCAAAUAUUACCCAGGAUCCAGAAUGCCUCUUUUCCUUCCACUCUGGACCUAUCCAAGCCAUGGCUGUCUCUCCUCUCACCUACCUCAUGGCCACUACUUCCUUGGACUGCUCUGUUCGAAUCUAUGAUUUUGCUAGCAAAACUCCUCUGACUCAGAUAAACUUCAAAGAAGGUGGUACUGCCCUCACCUGGGUACCCCAACUGGUAAGCUAUACUGGAGCACAGAUUAUUGCAGGAUUUGAAGAUGGGGUUGUUCGAGUUCUUGAACUUUAUGAUCCAAAAGAGCUUGCAGUUUUUGCAGGACGGAAGAAAAUUUUGGAUGCAGAGAUCCAACUGAAACAGGUUUUCAAACCCCACACUGCUCCUGUCACUGCUUUAGCUUAUGAACGUGAUGGAGAAAUUCUAGCCACAGCGAGUAAAGACCAAACUGUCUUCUUCUUUGAAGUAGAAAAGGAUUAUAAACCAAUAGGUUAUAUUACUACUCCUGGACCUGUUUGCCAGUUAAUGUGGUCUACGACCGCUCAUCCUGAAAGUACUCUACUGAUUAUCUGUGAGAAUGGCUACAUUCUUGAAGCUCCACUUCCAACCGUAAAUGAGGAUGAGGAAGAUCAUGAUGUAGUUUCCUAUGAAAUCAAAGACAUGAACAUAAAGUGUUUCCGUUUCACAAGUGUCAAGUCUAAGAUUCUGAGAUUAAUAGAAAUUGAAAAGAGAAAGAAACAAAUGGAGUUGAAGGAGAAAGAGAGGGAAAAAAGGAGGAAGCAACUAAUAGAAGAGUUGGGAGAAGAAGGAGAAAAAGUAUUCCAGGAGGAGCAGGCAGAGGAGGAGGAGGAGGAGGAGGAGCCAUUACCUGAAAUCUUCAUUCCAUCCACUCCCUGUCAAAUCCUCUGUGGAUUUUACUCUGGACCAGAGAAGUUCUGGGUUUCUUUGGGUGGCUAUGAUGCUGGCUUCCUGUAUCACUGUGCGUUCCCCCCGUUUGACAAAGAUCGUGAUAUCACAGAACAGAAAGAUGAGCCUUUUGAUUUCCGUUUUCUUGAGGAUACAGAGGAUAAUCCUGUCCGAGCUAUCACUUUCAGCCUUAAUCAAAUUAUGAUGUUUUGUGGAAUGGAAAAUGGAGCCAUUCGAGUCUAUAUCCUAAGUCAGAAUGACUUUUCACUGACUAGUAUGGCGGAAUAUUGGCAAUUCUGUGUGCAUGACAAUGAUUACGGGCGUAUUGAAAACAUCUCCACUAGCUUUGAUGACCGUUUCUUGGUGACUAGUGGAGCAGAUAGUAAUAUCUUUAUUUUCAACAUUUUUUCUGAAUUAGCAUUAGACAAAGACAUCAAAGCCAAAGUGCCAUUGCCCAGGUUUGGAAUUGAAACAGAGGCAAUUCCACAAGAUAUUGAAGAUCCCAAAGCUUAUAGUAUUGAGAAUGCCAGAAAAAGAAGAGAACAUGACAAGUUAAUGAAGGAAGUGGAAGAAAUAAAGGCUAGAAAGAGAGAAAAGCUCAAAGCUUUGAGGAAUGAAUUUUUGAAACUGCUGGAAAUGAACGAAGAACUACCGAAGCAUAUGCAGCUUAAACGAACAAUACAAGAGUAAACCUGAUGAUGACUAUGAAGAUCCCAAAGAUGUUCAGGCCAUCAAAGAAGCCCAGGCACAUAUGGGAGACUUUAAUCUGAAGACAGCCCCAGACUACAAGAUACCUGAGCACAUGAGAAUAAAUGCUGACAAGAAGGAAGAGGAAUUGGGAAUCCUAGACACUCUGGUACUUGCCCACAUAUUUCAUGACAGUAAGAAAACAACCCAGAUUUUUCGUUGAAUUCUUCUAGAACCAUACAUUUCCCUAUCUAGUCCAAAAGGCUAUAUCAUCAUAGAAAUUUAGAAUUGGAAAGGAUGUUCAUGAUUGUCUAGAAUAAUACCUCUUUUUACAAAUGAGGAAACUGAAGCCAGGGAUUACAAGAGA